AUGGAUUCUAUAUAAAAGUUUUGUAAUGAAAAGAAAGAAAAGCCUUUUUGCGCUUAUAAUCAGAUCUUGGGAAAUUGUGAAUUAAUUAAUUAGUUAAUUUAACUAUUUAUUUAAUUUUUUUGUUAACAUCAUAACAUGAAAUAUUAACUCAUAUGUGAGCGUCUUUUUUUCCAAAUCUCAUAACUAAAAACUAUACUCGCAAAUUAAUUAAAGAUAAUACGUCUUUAUGUUUUUAGUUUACCCCUUGAUGCAUUAUGCUCACUCGAUUGCAUUACUUACUCCAAUUUAAGGAUUAUUUUUUAAAUUUUCUUUACUCAAUAUUACUUGAAGGCACAAAUUAAUUAGUAUCUUUUAAGCCAUUUUAACAAAAAAGAAUUAAAUCCACAGUAGCUAUCUUUUAUAGCAUAUUUAAGCAUUGGUAUUUCAUUAAGGAGAAUUUUUAUCAUCCUUGGUUACAAAGUGGAAUAUUCAAGUAAAAAGUUUAAUUUUCUACUUCAACAUAAUAAAUUCAAAUAUAUAGACAAUUUUAUAUUAUUUUCAACCAGUCUAUUCCUUGGUCAAUAAAAAAUUAGAUUUACAAAAACAAAUGUAGACUAAUUUUUUAAAAAGUAGAAGAAUCCUAAAAUUAGUUCAUUAAUUCUUAGAAUAAUAUAAAUAUUUUAUGUUUUUAGAUACUUUGCUGAAUGUUGUAUUUGA